AUGGCCGUCCAAGGCAAGAAACCCCGGCUCAAAGCUGGGGCUUUUCGCCGAUUUGCAUCUCUCGUUCUUGUCACGGUGAUAGGGGUUCUGCUACUGAUUGUCCUGCUCGGAACAAAUUCAGUCUCGAGUUUUGUCUCAAGAAAUCUGAAUGAGUCCUAUUAUACCAAUCUGGAGCCACUUCACAACAUUUCUGCCAUUAUGGCAAGGCUCAAUCUCCCCAAGCAGAGCGAACUAUCCUUGCAAUUAGAAAAGCUUAACCAGUUACCUCCCAGGAAUCUAGAUCUGUAUCCCAAGCUAGCUGAUGAUCAUAUAACCAUUGUGUUGUAUGUUCACAACAGACCGCAGUAUCUGAAAGUUGUGGUUGAUAGCUUGUCAAAGGUUGUAGGGAUAAGCGAGACAUUGCUCGUUGUUAGCCAUGAUGGCUACUUCAAACAGAUGAACAAGAUUGUAGAAAGCAUCAAGUUUUGCCAGGUGAAGCAGAUAUUUGCUCCUUACUCGCCUCAUGUGUUUUACUCAAAGGGGUUCCCUGGUGUUUCUCCAGCUGACUGCAAGGAGAAAGAUAAUGCUUCCGAGAAGGGCUGUAUAGGGAACCCAGAUCAGUAUGGGAAUCACCGGUCCCCCAAGAUAGUGUCACUGAAGCAUCACUGGUGGUGGAUGAUGAACAUGGUAUGGGAUGGUAUGAAGGAGACAAAGGGACACUCUGGUCAUAUCCUCUUCAUCGAGGAGGAUCACUUCAUUUUCCCCAAUGCAUACCUUAACUUGAAGGUGCUUGCUGAUUUGAAGCCGGUGAAAUGCCCUGAUUGCUAUGCUGCAAAUUUAGCACCCUCGGAUGUCAACUCCAGAGGAGAGAAUUGGAACAGUUUGAUCGCCGAGAGAAUGGGGAACGUGGGUUACUCGUUCAAUCGAACCGUUUGGGAGAAGAUUCAUCGGAAAGCCAAAGAGUUUUGUUUCUUUGAUGAUUAUAAUUGGGAUAUAACGAUGUGGGCGACAGUUUACCCUUCAUUUGGAGGACCUGUGUAUUCCUUACGUGGGCCCAGGACAAGUGCUGUCCAUUUCGGCAAGUGUGGUCUGCAUCAGGGCCAUGGGGAGAAGGAGAAGAAGAGUGGUUGCAUUGAUAAUGGUGCAAUGAAUAUUGUGGCGGAAGAGACUGAUAAGGCAGUGAAUGUAAACAAGGAGUGGGAAGUGAGGGUGUACGAGAAUCAACCCGGGUAUCAAGCUGGGUUCAAAGGUUGGGGUGGGUGGGGGGAUGAAAGAGAUCGCGAAUUGUGCAUGAAGUUCGCCGAAAUGUAUCACUGA